CUCCUGAAAAUAUAUCGAAACAUAUCCUGCGUUAAAUCUUGUUUGAGUUUUAAUUGCUGGGCGUAUUUGGACCUUCACAGGCAAACAACUCAGACAAUUGAAGAAGCGAACAGCAGAACUCUUUUAGCCACCAAAAGUUAGGAGACAUACAACUGAUCAGAAGAGCUGGAAAAUCUGAGGUACGAAGAUAAAACUUUCAAAUAACAAGAAUGAUAUGGAAGUGAGAGGUGAUCUUUCCUAGUACAUUAUUUCUUAGUUAUUUCAGUGGUAUUCUUUGUAUAAUCAUGACCAGCGUGAGUGCAAUAUUCCUGUUGAUUUCGGCAUCACUUUCAGUGUAUGUAAAAUAUUCAUGUGUUAUAUACAUGCGAUAUAUAUUGUAAAGAGGGCACCGAGUCUGUUCCCCUCUCAUCCACGACUCCCUCCCUCCUUUCAUCCUUCCUUCCUUCCUUAGUUUCAGCGGUCAAAAGAUCUAUCCGGAUCCAAUCAUUGUUUUAUUAUUUAUUCAAAAUAAUUUCUAGUUUAAGAACAUUGCUAAAACAUGCUUACUGUUACCUUAAUCGAUUGUUAAUUUCCCGUCUUCAACUGCAUAUUUUAUCGUCAAGUUCUGAAGAUUCAAUGAAUCUACAAAUAGCAGAUGUCGUCUGAAAAGAAAGAUUUAACAUUGUUUUUCAUUUCAGUAUUUCUUCGUUUUGUUUUUAUUUUUUAAUUCAAUAAAAGCCUUUACUUUAUGUUUCACGUCAUGAUCAAUGCAUCAAUUGUCCAGUUUCUGUAUUUUUUCGCAUAAACGAACUUGACUUCCUUUUACAGUUAGCACGGUUCGUCGCUCACGCCUCGCUGUUUCAUAGUAGUAUUUCUGUUGCACGGUUUUGAUAAUGAUUUCAGCCACAGUGGUUGGAUUGCGUUCACUGGAAAGUGAUGUUUUUUUAGAAUUCUUGUACGAGAAAAAUGCAGAACUUUUCUCCAUCAGCGGCAUUUGCGAUAUAAAUAAUAAAGAACGAAUAUCGGGUGUUCCGUGGACACUACUGCACACAGACACCGAAUGAUCAUGGCGACUUAGCGGACUUUUUCCUUUGCCUAACGAGAGACUUGUUUUGUAUGAACGCAUACUCGGACCUAUGACGUGCCCGGGGGGGGGAGGUAACUCUAUUGUUUUCCACCUAAGUUUCUUGACCCACUCCGCCUGCCAGUAUGACGUCACAUAGUAACGGGCAAGAGCCUUCGGUCACUUGUGCAAAUUAGCAAGGGAUACGACAGUUAUGUGGACGAGGGAGGUGGAGGAAAAGCUAAGAAGCUAGCAAAUAUCGGUAUAUAUCGCAUAUUUGAUCGAAUGUGUGAGAGCUUUGGUGUUGCUAUAACUGCUUGUGUAAACCGUUUUGAUAUUUUGUGUCCGUGAUUGUAUAAUUUUGUUAAUUUGUUUUGCGGGCCGUGUUGCGGGAUCGCCAUCUAUUUCACGGGACCGGCAAGAUCAUCAAAACUUAGAUCUUUUUUUCCCUAAAAUAGGCAAGGUCUAGUCUCCAGAAUAGGAGGUUUCAUUCACAAAUCACACAUGUUUAUAUUUCGUCUACUCUUUUGCUAAUUAAACAGGCCUAACUUCAUAUCACUCCUUUCGAGUGUAGGUCUCUGUUGAUCUCCAAAUUCUCCACCAAAUUCAGUAAAGCUAGUUCGAUCGAUUAUCUACAUCGAGUCGGCCCGUUGAACCGGAAAUAAUGCGAAAUAGCUUUGAAAUACGCGCUUAAGCUAAUUUUCCUCAAAUGUAUAUUUGAAUUCACGAUAAAUACAGCUUCACCAGCUUCAAACAGCGUCUAUGGCAGAGAACAAUUGUUUUGGUGUGACAAAAUUAAUCAUGAGGAGCCGCAUAAAGUCCCUUUACUAAUUACGCUGAGUGACGGUUGCUAUGCUCAAUUUCCUGUUAUAAUUUUACCUCCGAUCUCGUGCGAUGAAACAAUCCUAAAUUUCGCAACUGUCUGGUAAUAUGGUUAAAACAGUAUUAGCCGGGGUAAAUAUAGUCGAGCGCGGUCUAUUCAACUAUUCUCCGGAUCGGAUCAUCCCAAUCAAGCCAUCAUUGUAUGGAGUAUAUGUGAAUUCUUUUUUAGGGUAUCCCGGUCGAGAAUUUCUGUGUUGAUUCAAACUCAUUUCCCUUAGAAGCUUGUUGGUAUUUGAAACAAAAUUUUAACAGAUCGAACAGGUUAGCAGAGUUCCAAACUGAGAUGGCCAGCCUUCCUUCGUCACAUUGGUUCACUUUCAGAAGCGAGGCCAUUUCAGCCUUAAAUCAGUAGGUUUACCUUGCGACACAUUAAUUCUGUUUUUUUUUAUGACUUGCUUAAUCGUAAGACACCUUGAAGGUAAGGACAAUGUUCGAUUUUUUUCCUUUAAUUUAUUUAUUUCUGCCUCGAAUAUAUCCGCGCCAAAACCUCCUAAAUGCCCGCCAAAUUUAAUGUGGCGCGCUCGGGAGUGAUCGUACAGUGUUUAGGAAGAAACAGGCCCAGCACAACUUCCACUGGAGGCACUUUUGUGUUACUGCAAGAAGUACCCUUAUAAAGAAGUCGAAAAGCUUUUUUAUUAUUAAUUUCGUGCUACAUUUUCUGAAUAAACAAUGGAAUGUGUUGAAAAUUGUAGACAUCCGUGUUUCAUAAUACACGUACACACUUAGCGGCCAAAUUGCUACAUAUUUUAUCUUUUUACCGCUGUUUUGCUUGUUGCCGAAGUUUAAAUGCUGCAUCAUGAUCCAGUGCGAUUUAUUGUUGUCGUUACACGCUCAGAUCUUUAAUUUGUUUGAAUUAAUGAGAAAAUUAUCUUGUAGUCUGUAAUUAUGCGUAAUAUUGCAUUGUUGAAUGCGUUUACUGCCUAUGAAAACAAUCGUUUUCCUAGUAGUAUAUCGGAUAGGCCAACUGACUCCCACUGGUGGCAAAUUGUGCUACAAAACCAUAAAUAAGGGAUAUUCGAAGUAUAAACCUCACAAAAGCUUUUGAUUUUGAUCAACAACGAAAUGAGUGACUAAAACGCGUUAAAAAUAACACAUGCUCGUGUUACAGAGAGGGGGUUGAGAGUUGCUCGUUAUUUGUAAGUCUCUGAAUCUUAGCAGCUUUCUUUUUCUUUUCUAUAAUUUUUACCGGGGAAUCGAAAUGAAUUUUAGUUGAUUGGUUGCGUCCAUCGCGGUUCCCCCCUAUUUGUUUUUCAAAAAAAAAACACCAUUGCAAGAACCUGUACGGUCUCUAUUAUUUUUCAUUAACAGCCACAGAGCUUUAAUUCACCGAAACUAAAACAGAUUCAUAAAAUGUACAUGGCUCAGGGUAUUCUGUACGUGCCUUUUAUGUUGGGUGUGUCGCCUGAUUAAAAGCGAGCGAUCGGGUGAGUCGCCUUCGCUUAGUGCAAGAAGACUUUGUAAAAACGUGUAUAUUUAAUGAAUCUUUCUGUAAAGAACGAGGCGGCCUAGAAAGCUUGAAAAAUAGUUUUUGAAACGUCUUGCCAAAUAUGUUUUUAUUUUGUUUGGGGAUUGUUAAAAUUGCGUUUAACUAGACGCUGUAAAAUUCGCAAUUGAACUUAUUCUUCGGAUUCAAAACAAUGACCAAAGUUCCGUCUGCACGUGCUCUUUUGGGUGAGUCGCCUGAAAAAGCAAGCGAUCGGGUGUGUCGCCUUCGCUUAGUGCAAGGGAACUUGGUUUUUAUUGGUUAUGGCUCGCAAGUCCGUUUUGAACGAAAUAAAUGGUUUCAGUCAUAAUUAAUGAACAUCAUAUAGGUGACCUUACAAGUUUGUAUCAUAAGAAAAAUAUAAGAGCCUUUUUACGCCGCGAACAGGAUGAAAUAGAAAACUUCACCGGCCUUUUCUCAAAAAAAGGGAAUAGUCCCGCUUUAAAUUCUGCUCCCCAGAAAAAGCUACAAUGAAAAUUAUUUAAAUUUAUAGUUUAAAUUCAAUCAAAUUUAUUUAAAUCGCUGCACUUCGUUCAUUUGUGGUAAAUAAAUGUAUAUUGAUUCUGAGGUAUCCCCGGUUAGAUAAUUUGUGCAAAACUCCUCUACACCGCCACAAGUUUUCCGAGUGGUGCGCUGUUUCGGAGUGAUUUUUAUUUCACCAGGUUCUUUUCUUUAGUUGUGUUCGUCUCAUCAGCUCCGCUUUAUUAUUUCUGUGGUGUCUGCUAAAAUGAUCCAUUGAAAGAUAUGUCGAAUAAAGCUCAGUAGGAGGUCACGAAAGGAGAUUCGCAUUUCACCUCAAGUAUGGUUUCAAGCUGUCAACGGUCUAUGCUUGGCUGAAUUUAAACAAUGGCGUCCUGGUCAGAUGGUCAAUUUUCCCCCAUAUUUCGGUCGCUAAGGCUUGCGGCUCGCCAUGCAGAUCAUGCGUGUCACUGUGGUGCAGUGUCAAGGAGGUGCUUGCACCUGCAGAUAAACCGGGUUCGACUCCCGGCAACGCUGUUUUCUGCUUCUUUGUACCGUUUUUUUUUCUGUUUGGUCUCUUUUUUAACACUAUUUUUCCUUUUGGCCUUUUUUCUUUAUUCUUACUGCUGACCCUGCUGGUGCAUGCACUUGGAUCAAUAUAUAUUUUGAGCUUAAGUCCGGAGUUUUAUUUUGGAAAAGGGAUUUUAAAAGCUCCUGAUCUGCAUACUGGCCAAGCUUACGACCAGAAAAAAACCAUAAGCUGUCAAGAAAUGUCUCUCCUCCGUGAAUUUUUUUCAAAGUUAGUUAACAUCAUCACAAAAAAUACACAGAACACCAAAAACUGUACUAAUUUACACCCAACACCCACCAGUGACCCACUGGCGAAAGUUAAACUUGCCUUUUGUACAUCGUCUUAAUCAUCAAUAUUAUUACCCUAAAAUCCCCACUGGGUUUGCCCCCCAAAUAUAAUUGAACGAAACCUUUUAUUGGUUUUCGGGAUUUAAUUUAAAAAUUACAGGAGUAUGUCCCAUACAGUAUUAAAAUGCGGUAAAGCAACAAGAUUAAAUGCUUACAGUUUCUCACAAAUACCUGUCAUUUAGCUCCCUCUUUCAACGCUACAGCUAAGCGAACUUUGAGAGGAAUGAUAUGGGGUUCCACUGACUCUAAAGAGCUGAAAAUAGGCACAAUGUAAAGUAUAAUACAUCUUGAUGAACCUCCUAUUGCUGUGUCUAAACUGCUCAAUUUUGCUGUCCACUGGCCCUCAAAAGUGUGAUCGGUCGGUAUGAUUGCCCGUAAAAUUUGCUCGACGAUAGAAAGAAAUCUUUAAAAUUCAUUACACCACUGGACAUUCAUUCCAAAAAAGUAUUUAAGUCUAGUUUUCUAUGACAAUAGAAACCUUAAAAUCUCCAAAUGCAAGAAAUCGGAACAGACUGUAUUUCCGUGGUAAAAUCGAAAUUUUUAUCCGUCUCUUCGAUGAACACUUUGCUUGCCAUUUUGAAAGUCACUGACGCGAGACGUGACGUCAUACUGGCAGGCGGACUGUACCACAGAUUUCCUUGGAGACACCUUCCCCCCCAUGGACGUGCCUUACUUAUAAAAAGUAUUUAUGUUAGCCUUGAUGGCCAUCAGUUUCUCUAUUCUCUCGUUCGGUUUCCCCCAGUCCACUUAAUUUACUCUAUUUGUUUAUUUAUCUAUAUUAUAAUUAUUUUCUCUCCAAAGCGACGUAAUAAGGAAUUUUUUUUUCAUUGAUUGAAAUAUUUCUGAAACUUGAACUAGGAUAAAAUUUAAACAACUGAGCAAACUGCUGCUCGGAUCGUUCUCUGGAAAAAAAAUGCAUUGUUUUAAGGGGAAGAAGUUGUUAUUAUUUUUUUUCAGUAAAAUAACCGUGUCAUGGAACAAGUUCAAAUUUCAUUUUAUCCAUGUUUUCUCGGGAAAUAUAUUCAAAAUUUUAUGUGGUAUUCACGACUUACAAAAAUGCAAAAAUAAAAAAAACUUCUUAAAAGAUAUAGUGUAAAGAAGUAUUUUUAAGACUGCAGUUUAAUUGGCUUCUAUUUUUCCAUUUUUUUUUGUUCUAACUCCUGGUCUCCGCGGUCUCCCAGAAAGCUUGAACAGGCUUUUUGAAAUUGACUUUGUUUGAUCAAAUAAACGCAAGGGUGAUCUGCGAACGGACUAUAUAAUUCCCUGGGGUACUUCUUUAUAAUAAUCUGUCUCCGUCUCCGGGGGAACUCCUCUAUUGAAGUUUCUGAUAGGAUCAUAUAAUUAUGUACAAUACCUGCAUAGAUAAUUAUGUUUAAAAAGUUAUUGUAUGCAAGUAGGAGAGAGAUUUUAUCCCCAGUUUUUACCAUCACCAGGGUAAUGCAUAUAUGGAAAUGGGGUGAGGGAUUUAAGGAAUUAUGCAUCGUGGCAUCACCGGCAUUUUGCAGUAGGUUUUAUAGAUUGGAUUAGCAUAAUUUUGGCACAAUUGGCCACUACGAGUAUAAUUUUUAUCUUUUUUUCUUAAAAAAAAACCAAAACACUGCUAGCAUAAUUUGCACAUUUUGUUAUAAUUUUGCAGUACAAACUGAAUUGUCAUUUAUUGAACAUGCAACCAAUGUUUUUGGUCCGAGAUCUGUGUUACGGGCAAAUUUAAGUAACGAAAUCAUUUAUUUGUCUGUUUAUUGUCCCAUUCAUGGGACCUGGGUCCAACAGGAAGUGACUCAGGACUCUCCCCUCAAGACUCAACGUGCGAACAUAACAAGCUCGGCUACCUGGGGUGGCGUCCGCGUGUUGGUUGAUUAUUGUUUGAGUAUUUAUACUUGUCAGACAAUGAAUUAAGGACUCAAAGUUUCUUGAGGGUAAAUGAGUUUGCCAUUUACUUGUACAUGAAGCAUUGAAGUGUUUUUUUUUUUAACAACUUUAAAGUAAAAGGUGAGAGGCAUAAUUUCUGCAUUUUGUUUGCUAAAACGAGCUUAAUUUACAAAAAUUAGCAGAAUUAUUGGCAUAAUUUUAGAAAUAUACGAGCACUGCAAGUAGCAUAUCAUGCUACUUUUGCGAGCACAGUCUAUCAAAGCCUAUUUUCCAGGGUACCUCCUUCCUCCCCUCCCCUCCCCUCCCCUCCCCUCCCGCUAACUCGAGGUUAUUAAACUUUGCGAGCCUAACUCUUUAACACCCACGAAAUAAAUUCAGUGACAUGCUAUGAACGCUGAUUACUUUGUUUUCAACAGAUUGGAAGAUGGCAGGCAUGAAAACAUUAAUCAUUAUUUUCGUUAUCAUGUUCCCAGUCGCGAUGAUAACAGAGGAAGAUGUAAAUCAUGGAGGUAACAACUAACAACUGCGACAUCACUAAUAAAUUUAAUUGCCCACCUGCGGACUGUCGCCAUUUUAUUUCAGCACCCUGUCAAAUGUUAAGUCUCUGCUUCAUGUACAGAAAGCCGCUUAAAUUUGCAUUUUUACACUUUCCCUAAAACAUUAUUCCGAGGAUUUAUUCACCAUAAUUUUUACAUCGUCCAUAAAAUUUGCAUGAGAAUUGUUUUCAAUUUUUCCUUGGAGUAAGCAGUCAUCAUAAGAGAAAUUGAAGACAAUUUACUGAUGCAAAAUUUUUGGGGGGGUAAACAAGAUGUUUUACGGGCGAUGUAAAAAUGGUGAAUAUGCUAACAACUUCUUUAUUAUAUUUGUUUUAUCAUUAUUAUUAUUAUUAUAAUUUUUACACUUCAAAACUGCGCGAUCAGCAUUUGGCAAGAUUUCUUUCGUUCAGUGUCCGUUCAUGAAUUGCUUUGCGCUAUUGUUUUCUUCUCUAAUGGAUUUGAAAUACAUUUGCUAUACAGUCAACUCUCCCUUAAGAAACACCUCUUUAGACGGACAACCCUCUGGUGUCGGCCCCUGUCAUUGUCCAGUCAUUUGACUGUAACUAUGCUCUCUAUAAGACGGAAACCUCUCAAAGACGGACAACCAACACUUUUGAAACCAUCAGCGGACAAUUGAGAAGUGCUUUAGGUAGUGAAAAAUACCGCAAAACGGAAAUGUAGGUGCACUACAUGACAGUACAAAUUGCAAUUAGGGUAAGCAAAUUACACACCCAACUACAGUACGCGUCUUCUUACAGCGCGUAUCUUCUAAACGCCAAAUGAAGAUAACCUCUUAACCUAUAAAACAGCUAUGUUCUCGGUCUUUUAGCUGAACUGUUUGAGCCUAAUGGGAACUUCAGAUAGUGACAUCAAAAACAAACCAUUAUAACGACUUAUUUUCAUAUGAUUUAGUACUUACGGUAAUUAAUGUACAGUAGAACCCCGGUAAUUCGAAUUUUGAAGGGGGACGAAAUACAGUUCGAGCUAGCGAGGGUUCGAGUUAUCGGGGUCGAUUUAAAAAAUUAAGUUGCCAUGUUACAAUUACAUGUUUAAUCAAGGGAAAGGAAAUUUAGUUCGAGUCAGCAGGAAAUUCGAGUUAUCCGAGUUCGAUCGCGAGUUAACCGUGUAAAGAUGAUUGGAAAACUUAAGUGGGGUGAAAUUCAAGGGAAAUUGGACUUAGUUUAGCAUUAAUGUUGCUGUUCAGUAGACGCCGUGAACGUUGACAUGUAUAUGAACCAUGUGUGAUUGUACAAUGAGAAAAUGAUUUCACCAUUCCAGUACAUUGUAGUUAAUUUUUUUUAUUGUUUAGCACAAGUGUAACAGAUGUGUAUUUAUCGCGAAUAAGUUCAGCUUUAAUUUCUGGUAAUUACUGGCGCCACCUUACUUUGACUGUCUAUUAGCGGGACACCUCCCUUAAAUAGACGGAGAGUCAGGACGGGACCAGAAGGUAUCUGUCUUAGAAAGAAUUGACUGAAUUGAUAUUAUUAUUAUUAUUAUUAUAUUAUCGUCAUUGUCAUUAUCAUUAUCGUUAUCGUUAUUAUUAUUAAAUUAUUAUUAUUAUUAUUUUAUCGUCAUUUUCUAUUAUUUUAUUAUUUAUUACAAUUAUAAUAGUUCUUAUAUUUAUUAUUGUUUUGCAAAGUUGAUAAAAUGCGGUUAGCAUACAGAUUGAAAUUUUUUGUUCAUAUGUGUUGCUGCUUUCCAGUUUGUCCCGUUCCGAUGAAUAAAGAAGAAGAGGAGUUUAUUAAAGAGCGGGAAAGGAACAGAGAACUAAUGGAAGAAAUCGCCAGAGAAAUUGAAAUGACGUGCUUAGGUAAGUUAAAACAUGAAAAUAAAUAACAAUAUUAAAAACCUUGGAUGAGCCAAUCCUUCAGCGCGAAUUGCACGCCCUUUUGAAUAGUUUAACCCUUUGGGACAGUUGAGUGUGUUCUAUAUGGAACAAUGCAGAGUUUGCAUUUCUAAAGCCACUUACCCUUUUAGUUUAACCCAUUUAGUUGUUAAGCACCAAAUCCAGGAAGUUAUACAUACACUAUCUAUAGGUAGCCAUUUUGAAUCCUGAGGGAAAUAACCCACCCAGCCCAGAGAAGGUUGGCCACACCACCGGGGUUUACGUCCAAUACUCUUUCCAGUAUACAGUGGUGUGGGUUCUUUUAGAUCGCACAAUGCAAGUACCAGAUAAGUCCUGUCGGACCUACGGUUUUUAUUCCUUAUCCGAGAAGACUACAAAGUCUAACCGUUUUCAGAUGUCGUUACGAAGGCAGCACUUUCUUCUCAGUUAUUUAAAGAACCUGAGUGUUGGUCCGGCCGGGGUUUGAACUCGCAACCGCCCGCUCAGCAGACCGGCACUCUCCCGACUGAGCUAACCAGACGGCGGAGCUUAAAAAAAACUUGGAACACUGCUACCUUAUUAUGGAAAUCCUGACUAAUCUUGUGAGAGAUUUAGACAAACAUUUUGGGCAAAAAUCCACUGCCAAUUUCACUAUUUUCCACUACUCUUACCAGUUUGAAUUCCUCCUAUUCCCGAAAGCUAAAUAGCCCCAUUCCGUGAGGUGAAAGGCUAUAAGUUGAACUAGAUAUCUAUAGAAUAAAAGAGCAAACGAGAAAGCUCCUGAAAACGCUUAUGCUAGCUUUUUUUUCUAAAAUAGGCCAAAAUUUUGCGACUUGGAAUUUAAUGGUACCGAUUUAGAUAAAAGAUUUCUAGUCCAUGAGCCAUUUUGUGAGAAGUGGGUAAAAAUACAAUACUUGUAGCAACCCCUUAUGGAAAAUUGUUUCGUUGUUAUUAAAUGAAGACUUAGGAUGUGCUAAAUUGUGAUCGGUCUGUUACCAAACUUGAGACUUGAGAAAAAUUGGGGGCUUAUAUUAAACGGUUGCGGAUGACGAGAAACUUUUUCCCUUAAAUAAUGAAAGUAUAUGCAAAUUCGAAGCCUUUCUCUCAAGUUAUUAACCCCUUUCAAUUCGAUCAAGCUUUUUCAAUUCAUGGUGACAAUUGAAACUUAGGGUGCGUUUGAUUGCAUGAGAAACCCGGAUUUAAGUCCGGGUUUUAGAUUUGGCAAUGGAACGCGAAAUGCAAAACGGAUUUCACCCUCACCCCCGAGAAAUCCUUCCUCAAGUCAUGACUUUAUGGCUUUUCUUUAUACCGUUCUAGUUGGAAAAACUGUUCUCGUGAACAGUGUCCUUUUUUUUUCGCUUGUUAUGGGUGCGCAUGCGAGACAACUGUUCUCUCAAAAACAGUUCAAAUCUUUUCUCGUAUCCCCGAAAUACUGAUUAACAAAGGUCAAAUUUCACUUGUAUAGCAACCACAUAAACCAGCAACACCAUACGAUAACAGGCCUUUAAAUGUAAUAUUUUUUGUUGGGAGUAUUUAUACCAACGUUUUCUCCAUGAAUUUUAAUCAAGAGAUCAUAAUAUCAGUUGUUUGUGCUUACAGGAGAAACGUUUUAUAAUUAACUUUUACUUGCUGAUUUGUAGACGAGUGUAAAACAGGACUACAUAACUGCCACAAUGAUGCAUACUGCACCAACACCAAGCAUUCCUUCACGUGUACUUGCAAAGCAGGAUAUACUGGGGAUGGCGUCAACUGUGCAGGUAACAUAAUAUGGAGCUGAAACGAACAGGAAUUUAUCUUAAGUUAUAUGCUAUUCCAUGCCAAAAAUAAUACAGCCAAAUGGAAAGGUAGAAACCUGUUUUCAUAUUCAGUCAGUGGUAUGUCACAGGUUGUAUCUACGAAAAGAGUUUUGGCCUUGGUAGGUGUAAAGUUGUGGCCUCCAAUUUUUCCCACAGAAAUUAAUAGCAACGGAAAUAAUUUUAACCGCGAAAAAAGUAUAUUUAAAGCCAACGCUGCAAUGUACGUAUGUUAAUACCGCAAAGCAACAUUUGUAUUCUUGCUUUAACAAAAAGUAAUAAUAAUAACUGCUACAACUUAACUGGUCGAGCUCGAGCUGUAUCCCCAAUAAAGCACACAGGCUUAGAGCCAGUUAGGCUGGGGAAACAAAAAGUGUGACCGACAUUUGUCUGGGACAGGAAACACCGAGCUCAAAGGCUUAGAAACAGAAAAAACUUGGGAUCAUCUUUGAUAUAACGAGAUGAUCUUCACUAAUAUACCUAACAAGGCUCGAAGGCCAAUAGCCAGCUAGGCUGUUAGAAACGGUUAGGGCGCAGCAUUUAAGGUAAACAGGUGUUUAUUACGAUUGUGGCUGGGGGUCUGUAGCAUUGCCAAUUUGACUGCGUCAGUCAUUGACUUAUGUCGCCACUUAAGAGCGGUCCCGGUACAGCUGUUCUAAGCGUACAUUGAGACUAAAUAUACAAGAUAAGGAACCGGUGAAAAACGGCGCUAACCGUACAAAUAAAAUAAGAAGUGAUAAAAUUCAGAAAAAUGGCAGAGCUGAGCUGCCAACAGAAAAAAAUGCGGUCAGACAGAGGCCAGAAAAGAAAACCUGCCCAAAAAUCCACGAAGGGAAAAAAUGCGGGCGAAAAAUUUGGAUAGGAACCAAGCCUCAAGCUCAAAGACGUUUCUACGGGACUUUACAAGUUAAUCGAAAUAGGCCGCUCCUAAAAUAAACAGAAAAAUUAGAAAAACCAAAGAAAGAUUGUUUCAGAAGCGAAGAUGACGUACACGCGAUAUUUAUACGUAGCCUUGUAUACUCCCGGUAUGGACAAGACAAGAACUUUAUUUAUACCACACGGAAAAAAAGACAUUAACAAAAGCGUCCUAUAGCUAAAAAGCUGAUCUAGCUAGGAGGCAUUAUAGAUUAAUUAAGAAUAUUUAAUAGGUUCUUUCAUGGAUGCACAAGUACAAAACAAUGUAAAAAAAACCAAACAAACAAACCAGUAAACAAAGAAAAUAAAAGAAAAAAACGCAUAUGUACAGAAUUGAAUGACUGAAAAAUUGCGGAACUGGACAAAAAAUUGGAAAAGAAAGAACUUAAUAUGAACUAGUUUCCCUGGUCUAACACCCAGGUUCUGUGGUAUUUCGUGCCGUCCAAAUAGUUAUUUCUUAUUCUUAGCGGGAUAAUUCGUCAUAAAUAACAUAACUUGCAACAUGUAAAACUUUGUUCAAUCAUUUUUCACUGGUUUUAUCUGCCAUUUUACCGUUGUUAUAAGUGCCAUCAAUUGAAAUAGUGUUCCUUGCAAUUGCCUUAUUUUAAAAACUGAUUUAUUCAUUCGUGGACUACCAGUCUCGGAAGCAUUGCAUUGCUAUCUCUCAUUCAAUAGAUAUAAAACUGAAAUAGAACUGAUUCAGUUUGAUAAUUCAGCAUUAAAUCUUGAUUUCCAGACAUAGACGAGUGCGACACAGGAAAACACAGCUGUGACGUCACUAGUUCAGUGUGCCAUAAUACUAUAGGAUCCUUCGGAUGUGCUUGCUGGGAAGGUUAUUUUGAAGAUGGAGAAAAUACAUGUACAGGUAACACUUCAAAUCCUUUAAAUGAAACACUCAGAUAUUUCGUAACCACGUCCCUUUCAAAUCAAUUUCCUCUGUUCCAAAGUGGUUUUUCACUAAAUUCGCCUUAAUUGAAGUCUCGUUAAUUUCCAUAAUACCUUUUACUAGCACUGAUCCCAGAGCAUUAAGUUCCUUUAUUAUUCGUUCAAAAUAUUUCCCCAAUUCUGAUUGGCUAAAAGCACACGGAUAAUUCACCAUAACCAAUAACUGAUGACCCAGUUUGGAAGAAUUUUUUAUUUAACGAGGAAAUGACGUCAAAAAUGCAGCCUUCUGCAGGUUAAUGCACCGUUAACCGAGAAGACCUGGGAACGAGGCUGAGUUGUUUUCGUUGUGAAAACUAAAAUGGCGGACACUUCACUCGUUUCAAGAGUAAGAACUACAGCUGGAACUAGGCGAAAUAAUGGCUAAAAACAUAGCAAAAACAGCAAGAAGACAACUCGGAGGGCGACAUCUGCUAUUUGGAGAAUAUUUGCGGAGCUGGACAAACCUAAACGUACACUAUCAAAGAUAAACUUCACAUCGAUGCAGGUAAGCAUGUUUUAGCUAUGUUUUUAAACUAGGAAUUAUUUUGAAUGAACAAUAAAGCAAUUAAUGAAUUCGGCUUAAUCUCGGAGGGUGUUAUCCACCUCAGUCUUCGGCCUCUGUGGAUAACACCCUCCUCGAUCUGCUUAAUUCUUCGUAUCCUACUCAGCUUCACUCAUUAAUUGCCAAAUAAUAAGUCAGGUAUAUUGUAAUUCUAAUAGGUCAUUUUCGAGUUGACUCGAGCUUCUGUCUUAAAACCAGGCGAAGUGCGAAACCUUUUGAUAUGAACAUUAAUUUCAAAGGAGAAAGGUUUGAGGAUUGACCUCGUUUUGAAAAUGAAAAUUGAUCGCAUGAAAUGGCUAUUGUGAUAGGCCACAGUAAUUGCUGUGAUAGAAAAACUAAAUCAGUUUUAAUCAUUCAGUGCCUGACUUCUUUUUUCCAGAUAUAAAUGAAUGUGAAGCAGAAAAGCACAACUGUCAUGCAAACGCCAGUUGCAAAAACACUAAAGGAUCCUUUGUGUGCACCUGCAAGCCAGGGUAUUCCGGGGAUGGAGUUAACUGCACAGGUUAAAACAAUACCUCGUUCUUCUUUAUAAUGAAUCUUUUUCUAAUCAACUCCAUUUAUCUCGCAUUAGAGCCAAGUUCAGCCACAAGGUAGUAUGCAGCUUAGUCCCUAGAGCUGCAGUUUCUUCUUCAGUCUAAGCUGAAUAAGUAUGGAAAUGCUCUUGCAUUAUAAAAGUUUGUGAUUUGCAGUAUCUUUAUGCAAUUUUACCCCCAUACAUGCUUGAAAUAUUUAAGUUUUUUAAUGUAUUAUUAUAUUGUGCCCCUACAAGAUUGCAUUCUCUAAUAUCUUGCUUUCUUAGGUCUCGCUAAUCCUCUAUCUAUACACCUGAUGUCAUUAACUUUUUUGUGAAUUUUUCACCUGCUCAAUAUAUAGCAAAAAUGUUUUCCAGUAUAGCGACAAAUUUCGCUCUCCCUCUCUCUUCUUAUCGUAACCAAUCCUAGAAAAUAAAAGGUUAAGUAAAUCAGUUUUGAUGAUUUAGUCCUGCAUCUGAUGACGUAAAAGAGUGUAUAACAGGGGAGCUCAAUUGUGAUGCCAAUGCAGCCUGCAAUAACACUGGAGAAUCUUUCGAGUGCACUUGCAAACCUGCACAGGUCAUUAUAUUUCAGUAA